ACAACUUUUAGAAAUUAUCUCCUAAAAUUCAAACCUCUAUUACAAAUUUUUUCCAAAUAAAAUUCAAACUCAAUAUAUUAGUCAAAUUUGCUGAAGUACUCCUCUUGUCAAAGUUUGAAACCCAGGCUUACCCAGGAUUUGAAUGAUGUGUGGUGAUAUUGAAGAAAAAUAUAUUCCCACUUGAUUAAUCUGUGUCAAAAUGAGGUUACAAUAUAAAAUAAGCGACGACUUCAGAAUUUCUUGGUCUUUUGUUUGACCCAGUAGAAGAUCAAUUCAGCAAAUGAAUAUACUUAUCAAUUUACUACUGAACAAUCCAAUUUUUUGCAACUUUAAAGUUGAGAUUCUUGAGACAAUAUUACUCGAACAAGGCACUGCUCACCAAAAGCCAAUAAGGAUAUAUAAAACCAGAAAUUGCUGAGUUCAAAGAAGAUAUGACCUCAAAGGAGUCAUUUUCGAUUGCUGACAAAUCACUGCUACAGAAUGACAAGUUAUACAAGUAUAUUCUGGAAACUAGCGUAUACCCAAGGGAGCCCGAACUCUUGAAGGAAUUGAGAGACGCCACCACUGUUAACCAACCUUUAGACUCCUUUGUUACAUGCCCACUUCGUGGACAAUUUUUGGCCAUGCUAUUGAAGCUAGUGAAUGCCCAGAUGGUCAUUGAAAUUGGAGUGUCAACUGGAUACUCCACACUAUUAACAGCUCUUACAAUUCCAAAAGAUGGUGAAAUUCUAGCCAUCAGUGCUGACCCAGAAUUAUUUGAGACAAUUGGUUUACCAAUCAUAAUAAAAGCAGGAGUUGAAAACAAAAUUAACUUCAUUGAAUCCGAAGCGCUUCUCGUUCUUGAUCAAUUUGCCAAAGAUAAAUUAAACUUGGGAAGUUUCGAUUUUGCAUUCAUCAAUGAAGUUGACACCAGUAAUUACAUGAGCUACUAUGAGAGAUUAGUGAAGCUAGUGAAAAUAGGAGGGUUGAUUUGCUUUAGUAACACACUAUGCGAAGGGUAUGUGGCAAAAGAAGAGCAAGAUGUGCCAGAAAACAAGAGACUUGCUAGACAACGUUGCCUUGAGUUCACUAAGGAUCUAUCACAAAAUCUUCGAGUAGAAAUAUGCCAUUCACCAAUAAGCAAUGGUUUCCUUGUAUGCAAGCGCCUUCAUUAACUCCCUUGUGUGCUAAUUAUGUUUUGUUUUGGUUUUCAGUUGGUAGAUUAAAAAUGAUGUUUGUUUUCCAAUGUUUGUGAACCAAAAACUGUAUAAUAAUUAUUGGAACAAAUUACAUUGUGGGAACUUAUAAUUGAAUAAUAAAGAAACAAUUAGUUUUGGUAAA